UAUAACUGUACUUUAUCGCAACUAUUCUGGGGCAGACCCGCCGCCAAUUGAUCUUAUAAGAAAUCCACAAUUUUUAGAAUUAUUGGUUGAUUCUCUCUUCAAAGCGGGAGUGAAAAUUAAUCCGGAACAUAAAUCAAAAUAUAUUUUCUUGUUGGCCUAUGCAGCUUCCGUGGUGGAUACUCCGGCGAAAAAAAGACCUCUUACCGAUAGAGUUCUUAAUAAAGAUGAACUGAAAAGUACAAUACAAGCUAUAGAAAAGGUGCAUGCCAUAUGCAAUGUUAACAAGGGGUCAACGGAACUAAUAGCUGAGCUGCAGACACUAUACAAUUGCAUUAAAUUCCCCGUGGUAGGUGUGGGUGUUAUACGCUGGAUAGAAAACACAGUCACCGAACCUUCAUACUUUAAACUUUCCACCGACAGUUGCCCGACACAUCUUGCCAUCUUGGAUGAAGUGGCUGCUGUGCAUCCCACGCUGCAUCAACAAAUUCUCACCCUACUGAUACGUCUAUUCGAAUCGAAACAAGAUGAAUUGGAAAUUUUAGUACAACUAGAAAUGAAGAAAAUGUUACUUGAUCGUAUGGUUAAUCUACUAACGAGGGGGUGUGUAGUGCCCGUGGUCAAAUACAUUAAACAAUGUUGGGGUAAAGGUGACACCGACAUCUCGUUAAUACGAUAUUUUGUAACCGAAGUCUUGGAGACCAUAACACAUCCAUAUUCAUCAGAAUUUGUACAAUUAUUUCUACCAAUGGUGGAAAAUGAAGAAAUUACCGGUACCAUGCGGGGUGAGGGUGAUAAUGAUCCAGUUUCAGAAUUUAUAGUUCACUGCAAAGCUCAUUAUACCACUGUGUAAAAAUAAACUGCAUUAAUUAUUUUUCGUUUAGUUUUAAUUUUU